AUGCUAUUGGUCAAUACAAGCUUGGGAAAUGCUUUUAUGAAGGUUAUGGAACCAAAAAAAGACACUGUAAAAGCCAUAUACUGGUUGAAUAGAGCAAUGGAAAAUGGGGAUACAGAUGCCAAUGAAUUAUUAGAAAAAUUUAUCAAUAAUCUCCAAUCCAUACCACAAAAAGCUAUGAAAUUUGAGACAAAGUAA